AUGCCAUCUACUAUUGCUCCUCCUACUCCUUCUCCUUCUCCUCCUCUUGUUGUUAUUGAUAAGGGAUGUACUACUAUAAUCCAUAAUGAGGGUGGUAUGUAUGCUUUAUUUAAAGGCUGUAUACCUGCAUUAUUUAGAGCUUCUAUAUAUGGUGGAGCAAGACUUGGAUUGUAUCAGAGGAAAGAUAAUGCAAUGAUGAUCAUCAUGAAUGUCAUCAUGACCAAUGUAUCAUCGUCAUCACAUGAACAUAAGAAGGAGUAUAGUACCUUAUACACAAAUCUAUGGCGAGGAACAUCUAUGUCUGUUAUUCGUGCAGCAUUGUUGACUGCAUCACAGAUCAUAUCAUAUACUACACUUAAAACAUAUAUAACUAAUAAGAGGGAUUCGAUACAUAUGCCGUAUAUCAACGAUCCAACUGUCAUACAAGGUAUUGAUCAUCAUGAUGAUGAUAAAUGA